AUGGACCUUAGCAACCUUAAAGAAACCGUCAGCAACCUGACCUUGUAUGAUAUCAAGGCAGGCGUGCGGAAGGUCCAAAAUGCUGUCAUGAACUAUACUGAGAUGGAGGCCAAGGUUAGGGAGGCUACCAACAACGAGCCUUGGGGAGCGUCUUCAACAUUAAUGCAGGAGAUCGCCAACGGAACCUUCAACUACCAAACCCUCAACGAGAUUAUGCCGAUCAUCUAUCGCCGCUUUACCGAAAAGUCCGCCGAAGAAUGGCGCCAGAUCUACAAGGCCCUCCAACUCCUGGAAUUCCUUAUCAAGCACGGUUCCGAGCGCGUAAUCGACGAUGCCCGAAGCCACCUUACCCUCCUCAAGAUGCUCCGGCAAUUCCACUACAUCGAUCAGAACGGAAAGGAUCAGGGUAUCAACGUGAGGAAUCGCGCUAAGGAGCUCACCGAACUGCUGAGUGACGUUGACAAGAUUCGAUCCGAGCGUAAGAAGGCCCGCGCGACAAAGAACAAAUAUACGGGUGUUGAAGGCGGCACGGGCUUUGGCGGUGGCUUUUCCGGCGGAAGCAGCGGCCGAUAUGGUGGAUUUGGCAGCGACUCGGGCGGUGGCUUCGGCGGUUAUUCUGGUGGUGUAUAUGGUGAUGGCGGCGGUUUUGGCGGUCAGUCUAGUGACUACGGUGCAAGCUCUGGGGGGUCCCGCGGAAACAAGUUUGAGGAAUAUGAUGAGUUUGACGAGGAUGAACGGCCCGCGGCUUCUUCCUCACGGCCACCCAGGCAAGCCGAACGGACAGCCGCAAGGAAGCCCGCCGAACCCCCGAAGAAGGCGAAGGCGCCCGAGGUCGACCUCUUUUCAUUUGACGAUGAAUCCGCAACGUCGUCUUUCGCGGCAGCCCCUAGCAAGGCUCCGGCGACCCAGAGCUCUGCCCUUGCCGAUCUUGCCGGAUCGAGCAACGCAGCUGAUGACGAUGAGUUUGACGACUUCCAAUCGGCACCUCCCGCGUCUCAACCAGCCGCGACCACCACGACCUUCGCUGCCGCCCCCCUCUCUCCGCCUAUCACCACCGCCACAGUGACGACGUCAUCUCAAUUCGUGGCGCCCAAGCCUGUAUCUGCUCCUCAGCAAGCCAACCUCAGCAAUAUGGUCAGCCUGUCUUCCAUCUCGCCUUCUCCAAGCUCGACUGCGACCCCUGUAGCCAACUACUCUGCCUUCGCCUCCCCAUCGGCCGCGCCUCUCGCGCCGCAGAACACGAAGCCCUCGGGCUACCAGCCGAGCGGCCCCAACUACUUUGGGUCUUUCCAGGCAACCCCGGCGUCUCAGGCAUCAACAUCCAGCACCGGUAUGGCCGCUCUAAAGCCAGCCACUCCGUCGGGCGGCGCCAAGCCGGCCGCCAGCGGAGGUGAUGCCUUCGGAUCCCUCUGGUCACAGGCUAGCGCUGGCCUCAAGAAGAGCAACGCUCCUACCUCCGGACCGGCCUUGGGCCAGCUUGCCAAGGAGAAGAGCAGCGCAGGUAUCUGGGGAGCCGCCGCCGCUGCGUCGCCCAGCCAGUCGCAGCCCAAGGCUGGUGGAAGCAACAACUUAAGCGACCUGCUCGGUUAA